AUGGCGUUCAGCACGCCUCCCUUUAUCCACCUGGGUAUUGACGCCAGGACCGGCAAAUCCUAUCACAUCUGCUCUCGAAAGUCGCUGUUGUCCUUCGGUGCGAUCCUGUUGCUGCUAGUGGCCAUGUCUUCUGAGAGGUUCCUGUUCAAGGUCAUGGUGGACCGAAUGGAGUCGUACAGAUACUUUCUGUGCCAGUUCAUGACAUUCCUGUACAUACCCCCGAUGUUCUGCAUCGUCAGCUACAAGGCGACACAUGAGGAUCUUAUGGAAGACGAUGGGAUGGAAUUCCCAAAAUUCCACUUUUUCGUCAUGGGGCUGCUGGAUCUCCUUCAUGGCCUGAUGUUGUUUAUUGCCGGUGGGCGAACAGACCCGACGCAGACGCUGUUAUUCAUGCAGGCGUCUAUCCCGAUAUCAGCCUGCAUGUCAGCAGCGUUUUUCGGUGUCAGAUACACAAGAGCUCAAGUUGUAGGCAUGCUGAUUAUCACAGGCGGACUCAUCCUUUCUUUAAUCCCCUGUAUUGAAGACAUUCAUAGCAAAGAGUUCGAAGACCGAGAGAUUGGCUGGAACAGCGUGUUCUACCUUCUUGCAGCAAUUCCGGGAUCAUUGUCGAUGCUGUAUAAAGAGCGUGUGAUCCGUGACCAGCCCGUGGACAUGUCGUACUUGAAUGCUUGGGUUUCGGUCAACCAAUUUAUUGCUGGAUUGUUGGUAGCUCCGAUCAUCUUUGAUGCUGAAUUUCUCCAUCUCGACCAGAAGACCAGUGGUUUGAUGUGUCUCAUUCAAGGCGAGAGCGAGGUGUCCACAGAUCACUGCUAUAUGGGACUUCCGAUCUUACUUCUCUACGUCUUGAGUAACAUCGUCGUAAAUGUCCUGCUACUCCAACUGAUCCGGCUCACGAGUGUUUCAACCAUGUACGGAUGCACACUCGUCGGCUUUUUGACUUCAUUUGUCGUUCUCGCGUGGUACCAAGUAGACCCAGACAAUUUCGGCAUCAUUAACCUUCACGACGGUCUGCGGAACUGGAUCCCUCCCUCGGUGUUCGUGGACGUUUUUGCGUUCCUGACCAUAUUUGCUGGCAAAGUACUCUAUCAAUGGGAUCCGGAUCCAGAGGUAGAAGCAACAACUUUAUCUGCAGAGGACAAAGAGAACAUGUCACUACUUGACGGAGAAGACGACUACGGAUUGCGAUACACGUAA